ACGUCAUAGGUUUGCGUUUUCCUACAACUCGCACACACGCAGCAGUGCUGCUGAGCGCGUGUAGCCGGUGUUUGGCAGUCCGGGAGCCUGCAAUUUCUUUCGUGUGCCGUUAGCACAAGCUGGUGCUCGUAACGAGCCCGCCGCGAUCACCCUGGACGCCGAGGAGAGCUAUUGCACCUGAUCAUGAGCUCCCUCUUGGUUGGAGUUCACGUGAUUGGGGAAGCUGACAUAAAUCAAACUAAUCAGAAAAGCGAUGUCUUGGGUGUGAUUAGGUUGUCCGACGUGAACCUGAACCUCAAAGAUGUGAGGGAACUUAUGGCCCAUGAGCUGCCGACAUUCCAUCGCGACUUUCUGUUCCUGACUCAAGAAAGGAUCCCAGUGUUGAAGCACCAAGAAGAGCAUAUAAACGCCAUCGAUGUUUUGAAGGGCACCAACGCUCUGUUUAUUACGAGGAACUUUGAUCGAUGGCGAAUUGGGAUUAGAAAAGCAGGCGGUUCUGUUAUUGGCUUUGUCUUUGCUGAUCGGAACCUCAGUGUAACAGAUCUUCGUUCUGAGAUAAGUGAGCAGCUUUUAGGUGGAGAGUUCGCCUUCUGUGAUAGGAAUGGCUGGCCUGUUCUCAGUGCCCAAGAGCAGGCACUCUUUGCUUGGGACGUGAUCUGUCAAGGCGUCGUAACCAUACAGCUGCCGCAAAACAAGGCCACCACACCUUUCCAUCUGCGGGGAAACAGGGACUGCAGAAAGCGCAAAAAGCACAGCACUGGCUUCACAAUACAAGAGGUCUCUAAGAAGGAUAUUGUCAUAAGUUACGCACGUAGCGAAGCAGAUGAACAUGCAAGGAAGCUCAAAGCACAGCUUGAGGUUUUGGGAGCACAAGUAUUUUUGGACCAAGAUGACAUUGUACCUGGUGAUGACUGGCAGAACAAAUUGAAUGAUGCCAUUCAAAAUUGCACAAUAUUUGUUCCCUUGGUAACGGCAAGAUAUGGGAACACCACAUAUACCAAUAAAGAGGUGAAGCUUGCUGAUUACAUUGGCAAGUUUGUCAUUCCUGUGAACUUCAUGAAGUCUUGGCCUCCUAACCAUCUUGCCAUUCAGUUCGCUUCUAUACAGUACAUUGACUGGAGGAAAGCGCACGAAGUGCAACAAGGUUCACGUGAAAGUGAUGGUGAAGAAGAUGAAAGUGUUCGUACUUGGGAGACUCGCUCUGUAGAACGUGUUGCCAAUGACAUCUAUGGCAUCUUGAGGCAGUGUAAGGAAGUGGCAUUCAGGAAUGCGACCAGUCCACACGCCCUUGUUGCACAAGCGGACAGUGCUACACCUUUACUGUGCCCAGAUCAUCGGCCUUUCAUUGUGAUUAGUGCCCAUCCCCAAGACAAAGAAUUUUGUUGCCGGCUGCAGUGUCUGCUUGAGCGCAAUUGUUACGAGGCCUGGUGCUCGUUGGACAGCUUGGGCACGCCCCAGGGACCGCUAGGUGUUGGUGGUGCAUCGAGUCCUAGCAGCACGGACACCAUCACACCCGGCACGCCCCUGCUUUCUGCAGUGCCAAACUUUGGCUCGCAGGACAGUCGAGGCGCGUCGGAUUCACAGGGCACGGGCCAUGGACAGCCGCGGCCGCCUCCAUUGCUUCGAAUUCCAUCCUUCCAGUUUUCUUGCAGCAUGGACACUGUUGACAGUGACAGCAUGUCAAAUAAGGAAAGUAAUCGGAAGCAUGAGUUUCGACAGCAGGCGUUACGGGCGGAAGUGGUUAUUAUUGUGCUCUCAGAAAGCUACCUGGAGUCCAAGGCAUCCCAACAGCAGGCAUGCUAUUGUCUCUUACGAAAGAAAGUGGUGGUUGUGGGCUGCACCGAAAAGGAAGUGCCAGUGUCAAUCCAGAAACGCUUGCAAUUUGCGACUAUUGUGAACAAACGGGAAUCUGACGACUGGGAAGGCCAGUUGCUUGAGAGGAUUACCAGACUCUUGAAGCAACCUGAAAAACCAGUUUUUGAUGCAAGUUUGGAAGAAGCGACAUAUAUGGAGAAGAAGCUACUGGCAGAGCUGCCACUGUCAGACUACAGAGUCUACGUCACUGGAGGAACACAUCUAUCUAGCAAACAUUCUGAGAGCAUCUGCUGUGCGAUUGGACAGGAACUUGCCUCACUAAAGUUUGUCAGCCUCUGCACCAGUGGAUUUUUCGGUGUUGAAGAACAAGUUGCAAGAAGCUUCUGUGAAGAGCGCUCCUUGACUGAGAAACCUUUCCAUAGGGUCUUUCACGUAGUGCCUGAGAAGGACAAAAAGGACUGGAGCAAGAAAGCUUGCCAGAGACCUGACGGCACAUUUGGCGGCAUCACUCAUGGCCAAGUGAUAGUUGCAGGCAGCUCCGUGGCUGAGAGGGAUGCUGUGAUUGCACGUGUGUUUGACGUUUGCAUUGUGAUAGAAGGGGGUCUGAACACAGCAAGAAGAGUAGCUGAGUUUGUGUGGAACGACAAACCAGUAAUCCCAAUUGUUUGCACUGGAAGAGCUGCUGCUGGCAAUUUCAACCCUGGUGUCGGUGUAGACAGCAAUGCAUUGAAUGCCAUAUGGGAGAAUUCUCCUCCUGGUGUUGACUGCAUAACAUGGGCUGUUCUGAAGAACAAUUGCUCAACGGCUGAAGACAUUGGAAAAGCAGUGAAAAAAAUUGUUGUAAACCUUCAUCGUCAACUGAAGGCCAAAAAGCGGCCAACUGAACUUCCCGAGGUGUUACAAAAACGCAAACGGCCGCAACCGCUGCGGAGGUCCGCUAUGGACAGCGACGUGAUUCGUGAUGGGAUCAUGAUAGACGUUGUCGACACGAAGUGGCGCGAAGACAAGCUACCAGAUGAAGACAUCGCCGUGCCGCUGAUGGAGCUGCCAGACCCAGAACCGGACAACAGCAACGUGAACGAAACUCUGAGAGAACAAGAACAAAAAUGGACGGACUUGGCGUUGAACCGCAUGAAUGAGCAACCGACAUCGACGUUGCCAAAUUAAAGCACGGCGUAACUGCUCUGAAAAAAAAAAAGUGCACACUUAAAGGCAUAGUUGUGGCAAACGUUUUCGAACUAAUGUGAAAUAUUUGUGUAACGAUCAGGCGCAGUUUUCUGUUACGCGUGUUUUGUUGUGACAUGCGGUCAUGUGAAGUGCUGUAGUGCGCUCUGGCAUCAUUCUGUACCGUAUAUAUAUGGCCAUAUGUUUUUCCAUGGCAUAAAAAAAUUGAAAAAUUA